AUGAAGAAAUACGGUCAGGAUAAAGAUGAACAAUUGCAACGUUUUCGAAAUGCAAUGCCAAAAGGAUCGUUCUGGACCGACCAAGUAAAAACUUGUAAAACCAUUGACAGCGCGUGGAUCAUUUUGGAUACAGAGUUCGCAGACAGACGAAAACUAAUGGACGAACUGCACACCGAGAUUAAUAAUCUUAAAGCAGUCAAACGAGAUUCUAAGUCCCUAACGCAUUUCGCUACGACAAUAGCCUGUUAUGUAAGUGACAUGGAAGGUAAUAUUGGGUGUCCUGUGCUGGAGUCAGUUGAAGCGCCGUUCCUCAUGUCCCAGCUUCUGUCCAAACUCGAUCCAAGUGACAAUUCAGAUUUUGGUAGAGAAAUGAAAAGAGAAGGAAAAGAAGAAACCGUGAGCAAUCUAAUCACCUGGUUACAUCAAGAAGCGAGUAUUCGUUCCCGAGGGAAAGCGAACACGAACACAGUGGAAAGAAACGAAAUUCGCCGAGACAAAAGUCCCAAAAAGACAGAAAAUAACGCCGCUAACAGCGAGGAUUCUGACGAUGAAACAUGUCCUCUUGGCUGUAAGACCAAACAUCACCUGGCUGCAUGUCCUAAGUUUCAGAUUCUAACAGUCAAUCAAAGGUGGGAGGUUGUAAAGCAACAUUGGCGAUGUCGCAAGUGUCUGAGAGCGCAUCACACAAACGAUUGCAAGAAACCAGACGGCUCAACCUGCGACAAAUGCAGAAAAAACCAUCACCGGUGCCUACAUAAUGAGAAGACUGGAGAAACUAACACAAGUUUGAAUCCCAAAGCACCACCGUUUCAAAGUCAGUUCCAAGGGCCCACACCUACAUCGAAUGGUAACAUCCAGGGGAAUGCUGUGUACCCGAAAAGCAAGUUGAAACCUGUUACUGGACUUUGCCCUGUGCAAAAAGUUAAAGUCAUGGACAAAAAUGAAAACUUUGUCGAAGUUCUCGCCAUGUUGGACUCCGGGUCUAACACAAGCCUACUCUCCAAAAGUGCAGCUGGUCGACUUGGCUUAAAUGGAGCAGCAACACGUCUCACUAUGAAUCUGGCGGGUGGAAAGAAGAAAAGCGAACCUUCUGAGAUAAUCGAUGUCACGGUUGCCUCGCCCUCUGACGAAGAUAUUACGAAGACCCUUCAAGUGUAUACCGUAACUAGACCUUGCAGUAGUGCCAAAACAAUUUCUAAGGAGUCAGUGAGACAAUACAGCCAUUUGAAGAACGUUUCCGAUAAAAUACAUCUCUCGGGUGGUGCCAUAGAUCUCCUUAUUGGCACAGACUUCGUAGAGGCCUUCAUUGAUAUUCACACAGUGUCCGGAGAACCUGGAGAGCCCAUCGGGAAAAGAAACUGUUUUGGAUGGUACGUUCUGGGACAGUUCGAGUCAAGCGGCUCCACUCUAUCUGAAAUUCAGUUAAUAGAAGUAGGGACAGUGAGUGUCGAGGAAGAUAUCAAGAAACUUCUGCACCAAGACCUCCUUGGAGUCAAACCAACCAAACUCUGUACUUGUACUGAAAACGUGUUACGUGAGAGCAAGUUCGUGAAGUCCCUCGCAGCUUCAACUACCUUGGUCGACGGGAGAAUACAAGUGAAGAUGCCCUGGAAAGAAGGAGGGCCUCCAAAACGAAGCAACUAG